AUGGCGAGAAUAGGAGCUAUUAAACAAUCUUUGGAGAAAGCGUUACACGAUGAAAAUAAAUUGUGGGCGAAAUAUCUGGGCAAAGUUGAGAAGAAGACCGGAGUCGAUCGACUUUACGUUUUUUUAAGUAUUGUUGGAUUUUCAGCAUUAUACUUAGUAUUUGGUAUUGGUCAGCAAUUAGUUUGUAAUGUCUUUGGAUUUUUAUAUCCUGCGUACUGUUCUAUGAAAGCCUUGGAAAGUCCAAAGAAAGAAGAUGAUACAAAGUGGUUGACCUAUUGGGUUGUUUUUGCAGUUUUUACAAUUGUUGAAUUUUUCUCAGAUCACAUUUUAUGCUGGUUCCCUGUCUACUGGCUUUUCAAGUGUCUCUUUUACAUAUGGCUAAUGGCACCUAUUGAACGUAAUGGCUCCCUAGUAUUGUAUCAUUGUCUUAUUAGACCAAACUUUUUAAGAUAUCAUCAUAAAGUUGAUGAGUUAAUAUCUUCUGCUCAAGAUGCUGGUAUAUUCAUUACAGUUAAAUAUAACAUAUAUAAUUGCCCAUCAUAUUUCAUUUAAUAUUUUUUAUUUCAGCAGUUAAAGUGGCGGCAAAUGCUUUGCUGACAGAAAAACAAGAUUAA